AUGCUGAUCGUGGAGGUUGUCUACUUUUUCACUGAAGGUGAGUGGCAUCAAGAUACCCUCAAGUAUGGGGUCGUUGCCGUUGCAGCCCUUUUCGGUGUAGUGGCGUCGGCCUGCAGCAACGGCCGCAUGGGCAUCCACACGACGAUGGUCACUGGCCACACCCUGACAUUGGUGGGCGGCCUCGCGAAGAUCCUCCUCCGGGUGAACCUGCGAAAUGAGGAGCGGGCGAAGAUGCUGAUGAGCACGAUGGUCAUCGCCGGUACCAUUGGCGGCGCUUGCUUUGGCGCAUGGGCAGUGCAGACCCCGAAGAUUGACAGUCACCUCCUGCUUUUUCCGAUCCCAGUGAUCAUGAUCGUCCUCAUGUUUCUACACGAUCAUUUGGCGAAGCCCCGUUCUUUGAUCAAGAAGGUGCAGCACAAGUUGAGACAACAUGCCGAACAAUUUCAUCGUGAGCAUUCUCCGGUGACUUCUGAAGCUGAUCAUGACGAGGAG